AUGGCGGACUCAAUACAUCCAGUGGAGGAGAGGUCGCCGGAAAAGUCAUCCAAGAUGCUUGAGCAUGCCCCCAUAGCGGAAGAUGCAGUGUUCGGUGAAAUCACAGAGCAGGGGCCGAACUACAGAGACGUUGGAUGGAUGGGCACCGUGGCUCUGAUGAUGAAGACUCAGUUUGGCCUGGGCGUCCUUGCCAUCCCUGGGGUGCUUGAUACUCUGGGCAUGAUUCCCGGCAUCAUUUGCAUCUGCGUGAUCGCAACCAUGGGCACCUGGUCCAACUACGUUAUCGGCACUUUCAAGCUGAAUCACCCCGAGGUCUAUGGCAUUGACGACGCAGGCGCCUUGAUGUUUGGUCGAAUAGGGCGAGAGGUCUUUGGUGUUGGAGUUUGCAUUUAUUGGAUAUUCGCUUCAGGCUCUGGUCUACUGAGCACUUCAAUUGGCCUGAACGCUGUGUCAGCACAUGGAACCUGUACUGCUGUCUUCGUUGCAGUGGCGGCCAUUGCCUCCUUUGCCCUGGCCAGCGUCCGCACUCUUGGAAAGAUGAAAUGGAUUGCCUGGAUUGGUCUGGUCUGUGUCUUUGUUGCUGUUAUGAUGGUAACCAUCGCAGUCGGUCUCCAGAGCAAGCCAUCUACAGUCCCCAAAGAUGAACCAUGGGCAUCGGACUACAAACUAGUCGGCAGUCCCUCGUUCAGCAGCGCAAUUUCCGCCGUUUGUUCCAUUGUGUUUGCGUACUCCGGCACUCCUGGAUUCUUCCCAAUAGCCGCCGAGAUGCGAGAUCCUUCGAUGUACACCCGACCCCUUCUGAUCUGCCAGGGCUCCAUCACUGCGAUCUAUAUCUCCGUCGGAACCGUUAUAUACUACUAUUGCGGCUCCUACGUUGCAUCACCAGCGCUCGGAUCAGCCGGGGUGUUGAUCAAGAAAGUCUCAUACGGAAUCGCACUUCCCGGUCUGGUCGUCAGUACAAUUGUUGUCCUUCACUUCGCAGGAAAGUACCUUUUCGUGCGCAUCCUACGAGGGUCUAGGCAUCUCACCGCAAACACGCCCACGCACUGGCUAACCUGGCUCGCCUGUACAUUCGCUGUCACCAUGUCAUCCUACCUCAUUGCCAGUGGCAUCCCUAUUUUCAGUGAUCUGGUCUCGCUGAUCGGUGCCUUGCUUGGAACUCUCAUGUCAUUCCAGCCGAUGGGGUGUAUGUGGCUGUACGACAAUUGGAGAAGCGGCAAAGAGCAGCCAACCGUAAAAUGGGGAUUCCUAGUGGUUUUUAAUGUUAUGCUUGUAUUGCUCGGGUCUUUCCUCAUGGUUGCUGCGACAUACGGGUCUGUUGUCAACAUUAUUGCAUCGAGCAAGGCGGCCUCGGGAAGCUCGGCGUGGUCCUGCGCUGAUAACUCGAAUUCGUGA